GCUCUGCUUGUGUUGGUCUGUCAGCUCUUUUCACUUUUACCCAGCUGAUCCUGGUGUGCUUUAGAGCCAGGCUGACCUCAGGAUCAAUGUCAGCUGGAAACACGAAUGGCAGGCCUAAAAUGACUCUGUGAAUUCAGUGGAAUAAAUGGCGUCCAAAGUAACUGAUGCUAUAGUAUGGUACCAGAAAAAGAUUGGAGCAUAUGAUCAACAAAUAUGGGAAAAAUCAGUAGAGCAAAGAGAAAUAAAGGGUUUGAGAAACAAACCAAAGAAAACAGGACAUGUGAAACCAGACCUCAUAGAUGUUGAUCUUGUAAGAGGAUCUGCUUUUGCUAAAGCAAAACCUGAAAGUCCUUGGACAUCUUUGACCCGCAAAGGAAUCGUGAGAGUUGUUUUCUUUCCGUUCUUCUACAAGUGGUGGCUCCAAGUGACAUCAAGGGUCAUUUUUUUCUGGCUGCUUGUUCUUUACCUUCUCCAAGUUGCUGCUGUAGUGCUAUUCUGUACAGCCCAAAGCCCACAUAAUAUACCUCUGACUGAAGUCAUUGGGCCAAUAUGGCUGAUGUUGCUGCUUGGGACUGUGCACUGUCAGAUUGUCUCCACAAGAACUCCUAAGCCACCUCCCAGCACAGGGGGUAAAAGAAGAAGGAAAUUAAGGAAAGCAGCACAUUUGGAAGUACAUAGGGAAGGAGAUGGCUCUAGUACCACAGAUAACACACAGGAGGGAACAGUGCAGAGCUACGGUACAAGCACCUCUUGCAGUAUUGGCGCUGUCUUCAGAGAUAUCUGGCAUGCUGCUUUCUUUUUAUCAGGAUCUAAGAAAGCAAAAAACUCAAUAGAUAAAUCCACUGAAACUGAUAAUGGCUACGUGUCCCUUGAUGGGAAGAAGCCAGGCAGAGGCAGUGAAGAAGGAGUGCAGGGCCAUGAACGCCGCUGCGAGGUGAUCAGGCCAGAGGAGACAGGGUGGAGCCCUGCCACAGGGAGAGAUGCCCUGGGCAACCACAGUCACCACAAAGAUACUCCCAGGACUGUGACAAAUUUAUCAGAUGAAGUUUCUAGUGAGGAGGGGCCUGACACUGGCUAUUCCUUACGCCGCAAUGCAGAGCGCACCUCCAGCGACUGCACCCUUCGGAACAGGAAAUCUCACCAUUACAAGAAACACUACCCUCUGGAGGACACACCUAAAUCAGGUACCAGCUGCAGUUCCCGGUGCUCCAGCUCCAGACAAGACUCUGAGAGCACAAGGCCAGAGUCAGAAACAGAAGAUGUGCUGUGGGAGGACCUCCUGCACUGUGCUGAGUGCCACUCAUCCUGCACCAGCGAGACAGACGUGGAGAGCCCUCAGGUGAACCCGUGUGUGAAGAAAGAAUUCAGAGAUGACCCAUUCCAUCAGAGUCAUUUGCCUUGGAUCCACAGUUUGAAUCCAGGACUAGAAAAAAUAAGUGCAAUUGUAUGGGAGGGUAAUGACUGCAAGAAAGCAGAUAUGUCUGUGCUUGAAAUCAGUGGUAUGAUAAUGAACAGAGUGAACAGCCAUAUACCAGGAAUUGGCUAUCAGAUUUUUGGAAAUGUCAUAUCUUUAAUCUUGGGUUUAAUGCCCUUUGUCUUUCGACUUUUCCAAGCUAAAGAUUUAGAACAACUCGCAGCACACUCUGCCACUGAGCUCUGCAUGACUGCAUUUGGGUCAGAUGGAGAUGUUCUGGUUCUCUCCAUGGUUAUUAUAAGUUUUGUGGUCCGGGUGUCUCUCGUGUGGAUUUUCUUUUUUCUGCUCUGUGUAGCAGAGAGAACAUAUAAACAGAGGCUACUUUUUGCUAAACUUUUUGGUCAUCUCACAUCUGCCAGAAGGGCAAGAAAAUCAGAGGUACCUCACUUUCGCUUAAAGAAAGUGCAGAAUAUAAAAAUGUGGCUUUCUCUCAGGUCCUAUCUAAAGCGUCGGGGUCCUCAGCGCUCGGUGGAUGUGAUAGUGUCAUCUGCCUUCCUGCUGACUAUCUCAGUUGUGUUUAUCUGUUGUGCACAGCUACUUCACAUGCAUGAGAUUUUCCUUGGUUGUCACUACAACUGGGAACUUGUAAUUUGGUGCAUUUCUCUAACUGUUUUUCUCUUAAGAUUUGUUACUCUUGGAUCUGAAACAAGUAAAAAGUACAGCAAUACCUCAAUAUUACUUACUGAGCAGAUAAACUUGUACUUGAAAAUGGAGAAAAAGCCUAAUAAGAAGGAGGAACUGACACUAGUGAACAAUGUUUUAAAACUUGCUACUAAGUUAUUGAAGGAACUGGACAGUCCCUUUAGGUUAUAUGGGCUUACAAUGAAUCCACUGCUUUAUAACAUCACCCAGGUUGUCAUCCUGUCAGCUGUUUCUGGUGUCAUCAGUGACUUGCUUGGAUUUAAUCUAAAGCUCUGGAAGAUCAAAUCUUGACAGUAUAGAAAGAAGAUGAAAUAACACAGUGUUACAGAAAAGGUCAUUGGUGGACAAAACUGCCUCACAGCAGCCACUGAACCUGUAUUUCAGAAGCUACAACCUCUUCAAGGAAGUAAUUUGGAAAACGGAAGUGUUUACAUCUGUCUUGUGCAAUCUUUGUAUUUAUUUCAUCUUCUCACUGGUUUAUGUUUGUUUUAGUUGACAUUUAUGUUUUAUUUUCCAAUUACUUGUUCUGUUCUGGAAAAGGUCAAUUUUAGGAAGGGUCAAAAACUGUGUGUCUGAGAGUUUGAAAUCCUGAAAUACGAUCACACUAAAUUGCUCUCUCUGUUGUUAAAGCUAAGCCAAUGCUGAGCAUUUUUAGUUACCAAUAACACUAUAUGGAAAUCAUUUGAUUUUUGAUAGUGUGGUAAAAUUGCUUAGAAUAUUUCAUUUGCACCAGUCAUUUAUGAGGACAAUGUCAAUAGAUGUUUGG